UUGUUUCUAUCUUUGUUUGAUCCCUACUACAAAAAACCCUACUUUGCUUCAUAUAUUUUUUUUUUUUAUCUCUCACGCUCGCAGCUGCUCCAGGGAUACCCCCACUCACAUCACAGAUCUGAGAUCGGUGGGAAACGUUUUUCCGUGAAGCCAUGGCUCUGAUCUUGCAUGCUGGGAAGACAAACAAAAAUGCUUACAAGACACUCAUUGCUGCGGAGUACACUGGUGUGGAAGUGGAACUAGUCCCAGGUUUCGAGAUGGGUGUCUCUAAUAAAACUCCUGAAUUCCUCAAGAUGAACCCUAUUGGGAAGGUUCCUGUGUUGGAAACACCUGAUGGUCCCAUAUUUGAGAGCAAUGCUAUAGCACGUUAUGUUACUCGCCUGAAGGCUGACAAUCCUCUAUAUGGUUCUUCCCAUAUUGAUUACGGCCAUAUAGAGCAGUGGAUUGAUUUUGCAUCAUUGGAAAUUGACACUAAUCUCGUGUAUUGGUUUAGACCUAGAAUGGGACAUGUUGUACACCUUCCUCCGGCCGAGGAAGCUGCAAUUUCUGCACUGAAGAGAGCACUUGGUGCUCUAAACACUCAUCUUGCUUCCAACACAUACCUCGUUGGGCAUUCUGUUACCCUGGCCGAUAUUGUUAUGAUAUGCAACUUAUACCUUGGGUUCACCCGGCUCAUGACUAAGAGCUUUACGUCUGAGUUCCCUCAUGUGGAGAGAUACUUCUGGACCUUGGUUCAUCAACCAAAUUUCAAGAAGAUUCUGGGUGAGGUGAAGCAGACCGAGUCUGUUCCACCUGUUCCAUCGGCAAAGAAACCUUCUCAUCCAAAGGAAUCAGCUAAAGCAAAGCCCAAGGAUGAACCCAAGAAAGAAGCCAAAAAGGAGGAGCCGGCAACGCCCAAACCAGAAGCUGGUGAGGAGGAGGCCUCAAAGCCCAAGCCUAAGAACCCACUAGAUCUGCUGCCCCCAAGUAAGAUGAUCCUGGAUGAGUGGAAGAGGCUUUACUCAAACACAAAAACCAAUUUCCGUGAGGUUGCUAUUAAAGGGUUCUGGGACAUGUACGAUCCUGAGGGAUACUCUCUGUGGUUCUGUGAUUACAAGUACGAUGAUGAAAACACUGUUUCCUUUGUAACACUGAAUAAGGUCGGGGGAUUUCUUCAGAGGAUGGAUCUAGCUCGCAAAUAUGCUUUUGGGAAGAUGCUAGUGAUAGGUUCAGAGCCACCAUUCAAGGUGAAGGGGCUGUGGCUUUUCCGUGGGCGAGAAAUUCCGCAAUUUGUGCUUAAUGAGUGCUAUGACAUGGAGCUCUACGAUUGGAGGAAGGUGGAUCUCACAGAUGAAGCCCAAAAGGAGCGUGUCAAUCAGAUGAUUGAAGAUUACGAGCCUUUCGAGGGAGAGCCUCUUCUGGAUGCCAAGUGCUUCAAGUGAAUGAUGAUCCCAAUCGCUGGAUAGAAAGUUGUGCCUUAUAUUGUGUCGGGUUUUUUUUUUUUUUUUUUUUGUAAUCCUGGUAGAGCUUCUCUUCAUUUUGUUUGAAACAGACUGGAGUCUGCCAGCCAUUUUGGUUUUGAGUGACCUAUUAUUUAUAAUCUUGUUUUUGUCGUU